AUGCCUCCACCCAAGCAGCUAAAGCUGUCGGAUAUGACAAAAUCGAAAAGAGCGGACCGCCGCAAAGAAAUCCAAGAUGGCGACGACACAUCUAAUUUAUCCGAUGGGCAAUCAGACUAUGAACAGAGCUCAUCCAAAUACUCUGAAGCUCCAGUGACGGAACGCAGCCUUCACAAAAUGCUGCAAGAACUCAGAGCUACUAUAACAGCAGACUUCCACCGCAUUAAUGGCGAUCUGAGAAAAUAA